UUCUAUUCCAUCGCUGUCUCCUGUUGCUACUCAAGCCUCGACAUCCCAUGCCCAGCCAGAACAGCACCGCUGCACGACGAAUUGACGCCAUUGUCAGCCAUAUCGCACCCGCUAGCACUCCCAUGGCCGAACGACCGUUCAUCACCUGCCACGUCCUCGAUACCAUUACGGGCAGGCCAGGCGCGGGCAUCGAUGUCAAGCUGAAACUCGUCGCUCCGGAGCAUAUCACGACGGCUCACUGGACGGCGACGACCAACAGUGAUGGCCGUGUGCCCGCGUGGACUUCAUCGGCCGAUAUCAAUGAGGUGGUGAAGACGGCCAAGGCAGACUUGAAAGACGGCGACCAGCUGAUUUGGAGCUUGGUCUUCAACACGGAGGCAUACUACGGCAAGGGCAAGACCUUUUGGCCCCAAGUCGAGCUGAGAUUUGCUGCUGAAAAGUCCGAAGAGCACUAUCACGUACCGCUCUUGUUGGGGCCGUGGAGCUACACGACGUACCGGGGAUCAUAAAUAAUUGAGCACCUCCACGCACAGGGAUGGUAUAUAUUGCGCCCAGCCUAUAUAUCAGCAGACCGAUGAUCACUGCAUUGUCCUUGAUGACAGCUAUUACAGCAAGCAAGGGCAGAACGAGUGCAGGAGAGAGUCCCGCUUGUACACGCCGCAGCAGUGGGAGCAAGGCGGUGUACUGAGACAGGACCAACAACAAUAGCAUCCACUGUCAUACCGACUCGUACGCUUUGACUGUUCCCCGUCGCCGAUAUGCAAUUGUGCGCAAUGCCGAUACGCGACCGUCCACAUAUUGCCAAUAGAUUGUGCAGGAUCGCUUAGAACUACGGGGGCAUCCACCCGGCUCCACAAGCCAUCAACCCAUGCAUGGCCAACAAGGGGUGGGGAUGAUGGUGCGUAGACAACGCAUGGCAACUUGGCUGAGCCUGUCAAACCUGCCAAAGUCUGCCGCCGAACUCCCUAUUGAUAACCAGGACGUGAAGAAGCGUUUCCGAACUCUAUUCCCACCCAUGGCUUCCUCUGCACCACACGCACACCCUCCCAACACUGCCGUCCCAAACGCUCGCACGAGUAGAAUGAUUGGCCACAAGAACAUGGCUCUCUCCCGAGCCCUAGAGAAGGCUCAGAUGGCCGUGGAGCGCGACCAAGCCGGCAAUGUCAGAGGCGCCCUGGCAUCAUAUCGCAGUGCGAGAGAGCUGCUCACCAAAGCAAGACGGCGCAUGUCGAGCGAGGACGACGCCCUCAAGCUGGAUGCCAUCGCACGCGCAUACGACAAGAGGAUCUCCGAGCUACGAGAGUCCAUCAACAGCGAGCCUCGAGAAGAUGACGAGCGUUGCCCAGAAGACCCGACAUCUUCCAGAAUAUGCAAGCCAUCCCCUGGCGCGAGAACUGCUUCCGUGUCCAGAACCGCUCCGGUCUCAAGAUUUGCAUCUCUGCCGACUCAUGCCCCCACACAUGCACUCCGACGCAGCCCCCCUUCUGCACAGCCUCUCAGGAGAGACUCUCAUCAGCCACAUCCUCUCAGGAGAGACUCUCACCAGCAAUGGCCGUUGACACCAGAACUCGAGACCAAAGCUACCGUGGAGCGAUACAUGAAGCGCAAAUUGCCAGAACGACCCGCCUCGAGAGCGCCACGCUAUGUCGUGCACUUUGAUGACUACCAUAACGAUGACGAGAACAUUGACGUUCUGAUUGACUGGUGGAACGACUUGUUGGAGGGCAGCAACCGGUGGUCGAUGAGCAGCGACAAGACUCUGGUACCUUCAUCCUCUGCCUAUGGAUCCAAGGAGUAUCGGAAGUCUAGCAGUAGCAACUUCUCGGCGCAACGCAAUGGCUCCGAGUCUCCGACCGAUAGUGUGCGGUUUUGGUCGCCCCCUGCUACGCCCAUAUACAACGGGUUCGAUCAUAGCAAGAUUGUUCGCUAAGAUGUAGCACUGGCAUCUGACAGAGAGAGCGCUCGUCCUUGGGUGUCCCUGGUAUCAGAGUGGGCUUUCAGACGACAUGAGCAUCAUGUCGAACCAUUCAUCACUUUGACUACAUUGAUGAUUCGGUCACUGAAUCCAAGCUACCAAAUCGGAUACUCGGCAACCUGCAGUGUUCUUAUCUUCAGGCUUCGGGCUGCUUCAAACGGCCGCUCGAAUGAUGGUCCUCUACUGCAUCAUCAGGCUUCACCGUACGCCACAGUCGUACCUGAUCCCAGCGCUCUGUGGUCAUAGGGGACGAUAUCGCCAAUCGAUCAUUCCCAAGCUCAGCCACGCAGACUUGGACCAGCAACAUUGUUGGGUAUAACGCAGCACCUCGGAACACCUACACGGCCAUGUCUGGGCAGAAGUUCUCUACCCAGUCCAUAACCAAAUGCCGUCUGAUUGUGGAGACCCCCGGGUUACUGCGAUCGAUAUCACAGUACCCCACACCACAUCUCGAUCUCGCGCAAGGAUUCACCCUAAGCCUCGGGCGAACGAUAGCGGUGGGAUCCGCUCUCGACUGUUAGAACGUUGCUACCUACCUUAGGUACCUAUCCUAUCCAAAGAGUUUCCAAUCAUCACAUCGAAGCCGAAAGAUUCGCAGCCUCAGGUCCUGGCGACAUUGCCAGCACAGCAGCUAGACCUUGCCACGAUUUAUGAUGAGAUGACUCUCGAAUUCAGUGUGUUACUAUCUACCUACCUACCUACCUACCUACCUACCUACCUACAUACUCUACUCGAAGCUACAGGUAGCUCGUGGUAACGCUUUUGUGGCAAUCUCGUCUCUGUAUGAUAGCAUUACCUCUGAACCGCAAUACAUCUUACCUCACUGUACUUUACUUGUCCGAUAAAAUUUUAUUAUUUUGAAAAGGGAACAUAAGGAGGAUAGAAGAGAAGCUCACAUCAAGCAGUUCUGAUGAAACUGCGCUAGCCGCUGUCUGGCUGUCUGUCUGGCUGUCUGUCGUCGUACUUCUUGGGGUAUUCCGUUCCGUCG